AUGUUCUUCAAGGCCACCUUCCUUUUCUCCCUCCUCGCCACCUCUUUGGCUCUCCCCACUGGUACCGCUAGCCGCAACGUCGAGAAGAGAGGUAUUCUUCAGGUCCAGAACUACUCUCAGUUCCAAGUCUCCGGCGGUGUCGCUGGCAAUGCCCUCACCGAGGUCAAUGCCAAGUUUCCCAUCAAUCUGAAUAAUCCUGGCUCCGUCGACGCCGAGGAUCUCGCCAUCCUCAAGGCUGCUCGCAAGACGGCCGAAAACGCCGAGACCAAGGCCGGUGGCUUCAACGAGGCCAUCGAAGCGGCGGGCGGUGAGAAGACCACUACCGGCAGGGCUCUCCAGAACGGCAAGAUCAAGAACAAGGUUCUGAAGCUGCAGCUCCAGGUUAUGAUUGCUCAGAUUGAGGCUGCUCAGGGCAAGGACACUGCUGCGAAGCUUGCUGAUGUCACCAAGAAGUUGAACAAGAAUGUUGAGACUGAUCAGAAGAACGCUGGCCAGCUGAGCACUACUGUUAACUUUCAGGGUACUAGCCAGCCUUAA